CAGGUGCUCCAAUUUCCCCAGAUCGUGACGCUGUGGGUCUCGAUGCUCCAUUUGGGCGGGUACCAGCCUCAUUGCCGCAACCUUUCCUGGAUUUUUCCUUUCUGCGAUUGAAGGCAAAAGGGCCCAGUGACCCGAGCACUUGCCUCGCAACGUGGCUCACGGGCUCUUUCGUUCGGCGGUCUGUGCGAGAUUGCAUCGACUGUGAGUGAGCUAGUUUACGGUUCUUGAGCUCGUGGGCGCAGAACCAGGAUGUGGGAUUUGUUGGCAGAUGAGGGAGCUCAGCGUUUUUUGGAUCUAGAUUUGGCUGCCCUCCAUGGCCGCUGUUGCCGAGCUCGUCGGCACCAGGAGAUGAUACAUCCAUGUACCAAGAGGGAGGGCUGGUGAGAGUGAGAGAGGAGACGAGAGAUAGAGAGGCGACAAUGGUUGUCAUCCCCCCCUUGCCCUUUUGCAAAUUCCUGGAUCGUGCUGGGAUUCUGUUGACGGGGAUGCGAAGCUUUGGCAGCAUCAGCAGCAGCAGCUCAAAUCAUGUUCACGGUGACAGUAGACAUGCUGAUCUUUUAGCCCUUUCGCGAGGGGAGAAAGCAGUCGAUCUCUCCUGCUCCGGGUGGUGAUUUUGGUGACGCGGAUGUUGAUGAAGCGGAUGCCUUGGCGGUACCAUUUCAGUUGAGUGUCGGAAUUUUGAAGCGUUGCUUUUGUCCAAGGUUGUGUGCGGCUCGUGCAGCAGCUUGAGCGGUUGGUGUCGGUAUGGCAAUGGAAGCUAGCAUGAUUGUCGACUUGGACUGGAGGGCUUGCCUGUUUUGUGGAUUUCGCUCACGAUCUUUCUGAAAGUGUAGAAAGGGGAUCUGGUGACUUCAAGGAAAAAACAUAUUCCUUCUUAGUCCGGCGAGGUACCAUCCGCAGCUUAGGAUGCCACAGGAUCGCUGGCUUGGAAAGAAUUGACGAGGUCGGGGCUUGGUUUCUAGCUGAGAGGAGGGAGUUUCAGCGAGGAUUGAAGACGUAAACUUAUGGUUUUUCGAAAGACAAUUUUCCUUCGGGGUCACAAUUAUGACCAACUGGGCCAUGGUACGGUGGCUUCGGUCCCCUCGCGCUUAGUCUGAUCGCAUUACCACCUCCGGUGUAAAGGACCAAAUCUUCACCCAAAUCUUCACUGGAAGGCAAAUGUAGUAUGUAAAUUUGAAGGGGACAACGGUUGUCUGAACAAAGCAGCUCGUUGCCUCCUCCUAAAGAUUUGAUUCCGUAUUCCACAAUCGUCUCGCAUCGUAGCUGCAGAUUGAUUACAUCGAGACUCCAGGUGCUUCCCGCGUGCAUUUAGAGCUUGGAAAAUGGGGUCAGUCGCGGAAAAUUACCAAGCGGUGCCGAAGAUCGAAGUCCCUCAUAGUGAUCACAAAGAUCUCGAGGGGUUCACUGAGUGCUUCAGAUAUCCGCUCAGGGGUCUAGUGGAAGAGAAUGCGCCACCUUCGGACUCAAGGCUACAUGGAAACGAUAGCGUCAAGAGUGACCUUGCGCACACGCCUGGAGCAAUCUGCUGCAACACGAGAUGCAGGCCGAGAAGCCGGAUUACGAAGCUGCCAACAUAUGUAUCGCGAAGUAUGUACCAUGUGCUGUUUGGAACUAAGCUGUGCUGGCUGCUGCUCUGCGUCCCCGUGGCAGUGAUCGGCGUUUCCUUCGGAGUGCUUGGACAUGGCUGGAUAUUCUUGCUUAGUUUACUAGGAAUGGCGCCCUUGGCUGAGCGACUUGGUUUCGUUACAGAGCAACUAUCAUUCUCCACCGGUUCAACAGUUGGAGGUCUCCUGAAUGCAACUUUUGGAAAUGCAACUGAAAUGAUUAUUUGUAUCAUGGCCCUGCGGAAGAAUAUGAUACGAGUUGUACAGUUAUCACUUUUAGGUUCCAUAUUAUCAAACAUGCUCCUUGUUCUAGGCUGCGCUUUUUUCUUUGGCGGUCUAAAGCAUACCCAUCAGGAUCAGAAGUUCAACAAGGUAGUUCCCGACAAAUUCUCUCUUCGCAGUGUCUGUCAGAACACAUUAGGGUUUUCUUUCAUCAGUUCGUUGGAGACAAAACCUUGUGGUUUGUUGCUAUUGCAGGUUACGGCACAGGUUAGCUCAAGUCUGUUAUUAAUGGCUGUCAUGGGUCUCCUGUUUCCUGCUGUUCUCCAUGCUACUGGUACCGAGCUCCAAAUGGGGAAGUCUGAGCUGGCUUUGUCGAGAUUCAGCAGCAUAAUCAUGUUGGUGGCCUACAUAGCAUAUUUAUAUUUCCAACUUAAGACUCACAGAGAGCUUUAUGACUCGGAGGAGGAUUCGGAUGAAUACGAUGGAGCUUCUGACGACGACGAAGUUCUGCUGGGUUUCUGGACCUCAAUUGGGUGGCUCACCAUUUUGACCAUCUUCAUUUCUUUGUUGUCAGAGUACCUUGUCGAUGCUAUCGAGGGCGCUUCAAAUUUAUGGAAUGUGCCCAUUGCUUUCAUAAGUGUUAUUAUAUUGCCGAUUGUUGGAAACGCCGCAGAGCAUGCAAGCGCUGUUAUGUUCGCCUUGAAAGACAAGAUGGAUAUCUCGCUGGGAGUAGCUAUAGGCUCGUCUACUCAAAUCUCCAUGUUCGUGAUUCCUUUCUGUGUUGUCAUUGGGUGGUCUAUGGGGACCCACAUGGAUCUCAACUUCGAAUUGUUUGAAACGGCAACUUUAUUCAUAACAGUUUUGGUGGUUGCCUUCAUGCUUCAGGAGGGCACAUCAAAUUACUUUAAGGGCUUGAUGCUGAUUCUUUGCUAUUUGAUUGUGGGAGCCAGCUUCUUCGUGCACGUCGACAUUCCGGACGCGCACCCUGGAGCUUGAAGAUUCACAAAGAGCUUUGGUGAAGGAAGUGAUUCUUUAAUGGCCACAUUGUUCAAAGGUGACUACGGUCCUCUCGCAAGGCCCCACAGGGAGGAGCCAGACAAUAUUUUCGCAGCCUUUUGGCCUCUGUACUAUAUGUGUCAGUGCACGAAGUGUUCGCUGAUGGACUUCGUUGAUAAUAGUAUCUUUAACGUACUCUUCAAGCCCACUCUAUGAAACUGGUUAAAGACAUUCAAAUUGCUUGUCAAAUGUGGUGUUCGACUAUACUUCCUGCCAACUUGGUCCGGAGGGCACAUAAGUUACCAAGACAGAUAAUGGGGCUAAUCUUGCUGUAAGAUCAUGAACGUCGAUCAAAACAUUACUAGAUGUUGACAGAUUAUCUAGUCAUCAAAACUGAUCAAAACCGAUGCUUCAUGUUGAGAGAUCUAUACAGAAAGCGAAGGUGCAGAAUUCUAAACUUUCUAGUUACUACACGUUGAUCAACGUUCCUUACCCCAUAAAAGCUUACUGCGGAGUCUUUCACAGAGUUUUCAGCAGUUGGGUUUCCAAAUGUUGCUUAAAACUUCCUCUAGUUCUUGUGUUCUCAAAUCUGAACAUAAGACUGUUGAGGCAUAUGACACAUUUAACAAUAAGUUUCUCUAUAUGAUUUUGUUACACAAAAGGUAGUGUUAUUUAUCUGCAGAGAAUUUGAUUGCGGGCGUCGUCAUGGCAAAGUGUAGAUGAGGUGUUUAAUGUUGGUAACCAACAUCGUAGUCGUAAAGGAAGACUGUAUCCCCAGAGAUGUGUAGCUAAAACGUGGAGCACAAUGUGAACCAUUUUCCCUCUAAAACUAGCCUUAAGCUCUCUUUGUUCAAUUAUUAA